UUGGGUCCGGAACUCGGAGUAAGACUGUUCACAACCCCUUUGGCCUUUACAUAUAUAAAGUUUCCACCUUUGACCAUUUUAGCCUCAUUCCUACGUACCCUUUUACCAUUCUCAAUUCUUUUCCUUUACUUUUCUUCUCUCUUUGCUCCAAAAUUCCAAAUUAAUUAUUAAAAAUACAAAAUUUUGAGAAAAUCCCAACAUUGUUGAUUGCUUCAUUCGAUCCCCAAGGACCAAAGAAGAAGAAAUACACAUUUCAAAUUCAAAGAGAAGCAAUUACAACCUUACCCUGUUUGUUUUGGUUAUGUUUGGGAGUUUGAGGAGUGGAACUGUAGAUUUGUCUUAUGUUAGCUGAAUUAGAGAAUCAAACCAGUUCUGAAGUCCCCUUUGAGGCUUCACAUCUCUGACUCUGACUCUAAUCCCAUGGGAGAGUGGGUCAUUGGAGCUGUUAUCAAUCUUUUUGGCAGCAUUGCCAUUAACUUUGGUACUAACCUUCUCAAAUUAGGUCAUAAUGAGAGAGAGAGACAUGCAAUGUUAGAAAGUGAUGGUACAAUUGCAAAGAAUUCUGUCAAGCCCAUUAUAUACUUCCACACUUGGAGAGUUGGCAUUGUGUUUUUCUUUCUUGGAAAUUGCCUUAACUUUAUUUCCUUUGGAUAUGCUGCUCAGUCCCUUCUUGCAGCUUUGGGAUCUAUUCAAUUCGUGUCCAACAUUGCAUUUGCUUACUUUGUGUUGAAUAAAAGGGUGACUGUAAAGGUCAUGGUUGCCACAGCAUUUAUUGUUCUUGGAAAUGUGUUUCUUGUUGCUUUUGGUAACCAUCAGUCACCUGUCUACACACCUGAACAGCUGGCAGAGAAAUACAGCAACAUUACAUUCCUCUUCUACUGCAUGAUUUUGGUUGUAGUUGUUGCUGUACAUCACUCCAUUUACAAGAGAGGAGAACUUUUGCAUGCAGUUUGUCCACAUGAACUGAGACCGUACUGGCAUACACUACUUCCAUUUUCUUAUGCCAUAGUUUCAGGCGCUGUAGGAUCAUGCUCUGUAUUAUUUGCAAAAUCUCUCUCUAAUUUGCUAAGGCUGGCGAUGUCUAGUGCAUAUCAGUUGCACAGCUGGUUCACAUAUUCCAUGCUCCUUCUAUUUCUUAGUACAGCCGGAUUCUGGAUGGCCAGGUUGAAUGAAGGAUUGUCACUAUUUGAUGCAAUUCUUAUCGUACCUAUGUUUCAGAUUGCUUGGGCAUUUUUCUCCAUUUGUACAGGAUUUAUAUAUUUUCAGGAAUACCAGGUCUUUGAUGCACUAAGAACAACAAUGUUCAUACUAGGAAUGAUGUCUGUGUUCGUAGGCAUCACUUUGCUGGCACCCGAUGAGCCAAAAGGUGCUGAAGUUAAAGAUAAUUCUUCUGUAGUUUCUGUGAUGUCUUCAAACAUGUCGAAAGAUAUGGACAGGCUGGUUCUUCCAUCCGAAGAUGUAGUUAGCAGGGACCCGGGUACACUAAUGCAAGUAGUGUUGAUGAAGAUGUCAGAUAUCGCGGUAAAAGCAAAGAAUGCAUGUGCAUUAUCAUUAGGUUUCGGGGAAGAUUCAAUCAACGCGUCUGCAGUGUUUGUGAUGCCAAUGGUGUCAUCGAAGAUCACAGGAUUUAGAGGAAGUGGCUUCGAACGGGGUAAGAUGUUCUCGAUGAGAAAUUCUGGUUGGAGUAAGAUUCCUAUGGAUGAGGAAGCUGUAAAGAUGCUAGACCAAAUACCUCAAAGCCCUUGAAUUGAUCUCACUUUUGAUUCAUAUCCCCCCAAAAAAAGUUCUCACUUUUGUGUUCAUUUUGUAUGUUUAGUUUAGAUUUCACACGCACCCCUUUAUUGGUUGGUUGGUUAGUUCCAUAUUAAUUCAGUAAUUAUGGAACAUUCUUGUAUUUUAUAUAUAUAUUAAAAAAAAAAAAAAAAAAGUGCCAUAUACACUUGUUUAUGUAUAUUCUUUGCUUACACUUGUUACAUAAAAGAGUAGAAAAAAUAAGGAAGGAAAUUUGAACAAGAAAGAAAUAAAGUGGAAAUAAAAGGAGAAUGUUUGUCUUA